GAACCCCUCAUUAUACCACUGCUGGGUUCAAAAACCUGGCAUGACAGAAUUGUUAAUAAAAUUGAUGCAGAUAUUUUUGAACCCAAAACAGAACAAACAGACGAAACUAAUGAUAAUCAAGAAGAAAAAUCAAAAUUAUCUAAUGGAAAUACAUUAUCAAAAAGUCCAACAGUAAAAGUAGAGAACAGUGAAAGUAAAAUAGUUACAUUAGAAGAACAAGCGGCUAAAGAAAUCAUUGAAGAACUUAAAUCGAAGGAUGAAUCAGAAACUAAAGAAAAUGAUUUAACAUUACCUUUGAUAGAUGAUUCGUUAAGAGGCAAAGAGCAGUCUACAUUGGAUGAUUAUGAAAGAAUACCUGUCGAUGCUUUUGGUGUGGCAAUGUUAAGAGGAAUGGGCUGGCAACCAGGGAAAGGGAUUGGUAGAAAUGAAAAAAUUGUAUCAGCUGUUGUACCAGAAUUA